GCUACGUUACGGAAUAUUGUGUGCAUGGAUUCCUACGGUACGUUUACGGUUAUUCUUACGGAAAGUCUAUGUGGUCAAUCUAAAUCUUUUAAUGUUCGAACAUUAUAUUUACUUCAUAAAAAUCAAAUAAAAAGUUUAAUGCUAUAUUAGAAUAGUCAUGAGUCGCAAAGAAGCUUUAUCGCAAUUUAUUCAACAAAUUCAUGGCAGACCUGUAGUUGUUAAAUUAAAUAGUGGCGUUGAUUACAGAGGUGUAUUAGCUUGUCUAGAUGGCUAUAUGAAUAUAGCAUUAGAACAAACAGAGGAAUAUGUUAAUGGACAAUUAAAAGAUAAAUAUGGUGAUGCUUUUAUACGUGGUAAUAAUGUAUUAUAUAUCAGUACACAAAAACGUAGAACAUAGCUAUGAAAUAAAGCAAUUUAUUUCAUAAUUAUACUUUUUUAUAAUGAACACAAAUGAAAUCUUUUUUUAUGUUAGCAUUAGAUAAGUGAUAACAUGAAUACAUGAUAUUAGUUUCUUUUAUGUAAUAAAGUUAACGAAUAAAUUCUUAAGGGAUAUCAUAAA